CAACAAUAAUGACAACUCAUAUAGUUAAUGUGUGAUAUACAUCUCUCAAAGAACUCUCUACGAGACUAUUCAAUAUCACCAUUUUGAUCUAAUUUCCAUGGCUUUUUCUCCCAAGAUCACCAAUCUCCCUUACAAGAGGCUUUCUCAAGAAGAUGAUGUCUUCAACGAAACAACAAGUAGAUCGUCAUCAUAUCCAUACAGGUUCAAGAGAGUACUGUCACUGAGAGGAAGGAAAAGGAUUAGAGUUAGAGUAAAGAUCCGGAGACUUAGGGGAUUUGUGAGGAAGAAAGCGAGUAAGGUUAAAAUUGGAGUUUUAAAAAUAUUGAAGAGGUUGAAGGAGAGUCAAUCACACUUUGGUGAUCUCUUUGCUGGUAAUUACCUUUUCAUGCAAGUUAAUCCUUCUUCUCUUAACACUAAGUAUGUCUUCGACCGAUCUUUUCAAGUUCAAAAUGGUAACUUACCUCUCUCUAAAGUAUCUCUUCCUAGAGUUCUUAUGUAAAGAAGACGUAUGAAAAAAAAAACAUCAAUUAUAUAUCCAUUUUCAGAUAAGAGACUAUGGUUAUGAUUCUCUAUUUUUAAUUACAUUUGAUUAUGUGUCUGGUCUGUAACUAUUUCAACGGAAAUGUAAAGUAAAAAACUUAUGUAAUAUAAUGGAAUUAAAGUAGUUGAAA